AUGAUUUCAGCCCUUCGUCAGUUCUUUGAACGUGUCUCAUGGGAGCUCAGCUACCCGCUGCUGUUCUGCUCCUGUCAGGACCAGGCGUGUGCUGAACGCCGUCGCCGCACCAUCGUUCCCUCCUGCUCCCACCAGGAGAGGCACAAACCCAACUGCCUGGAGCUGCGACACACCUGCCGCGCCGAUGCCCUGUGCAGGUCUCGGCUCGCUGAUUUCCACAUGAACUGUCAGAUGACGCCUCACACCGUCACCAGCUGCCCUCAUGACAACUACAACGGCUGCCUCAUGUCCUACGUCGGCCUCAUCGGCUCAGAUGUGACGCCAAACUACAGCGACAACAGCCCCACCAACAUCACCAUCAGCCUCUGGUGCGCCUGCAAGGGUGCCAGUCAUCAGGAGGAGUGUGACGCCUUCCACCGUGACUUUACCCACAACACCUGCCUCAAAAAUGCCAUCUUGUCUUUUGGAUAUGGCUCAGAAGGAGUGACUGCUUCUGUAACCGAGCCCCCAUACACUUUUCUGCCCCCUCCUCAGCCGCCGAUCAUCUCCAAACCCAUCCCCUCUCUACAUGAAACCCAUGAGAAUGCCAUCAAGCCAAUGGAUAGUGCUUGUAUGUUCUCCACUUGUGCCAAUUUGCAGAGAGUUGGUGUUUUUCAGGAUGGAGGUCAGAAGUGCAUCCCCUCUGAUGACUUUGAGUGCGAGGAGACUUUGUUGGCCCAGGGUUCAAUAGACUCUCAGGACUCUGCAGGGCCCAAAAGCAGCAGCCGACAAUCAGCUCCACUCCUCCGCUACGUCUCCGUGACUGCUCGGAAGUUACAGGCCCAGCUGCAGUUUGCUCUGGAGUCGGGCGAUAAAGGAUUUGUUAACAGAUCUCCCAGCUAG